AUACCAUACAUAGGUGGAGGGCUUGUUAUUCUCAGUUUCCCGCCUAUGAGAGGAUACCCCUAUUGUUUCUGAAAAUGCUGACCGGGACCCACACUUCCAACAAAAAUUCCUCUACCCCUACAGCAGCAGCAAAAGCAGCAGCAGAAGCAACAGCAACAGAUAAGUGUUUUGAUGAAUUGCGAGAUGGAUAGGGCUUGAGUGCCCCCAGCCCUGCUGAUACCAAAUGCCUUUAAGAUACAGCCUUUCCCAUCCUAAUCUACAAAGGAAACAGGAAAAAGGAACUUAAAACUCCCUGUGCUCAGACAGAAAUGAGACUGUUACAGCCUGCUUCUGUGCUGUUCCUUCUUGCCUCUAACUUGUAAACAAGACGUAGUAGGACGAUGCUAAUGGAAAGUCACAAACCGCUGGGUUUUUGAAAGGAUCCUUGGGACCUCAUGCACAUUUGUGGAAACUGGAUGGAGAGAUUUGGGGAAGCAUGGACUCUUUAGCCAGCUUAGUUCUCUGUGGAGUCAGCUUGCUCCUUUCUGGAACUGUGGAAGGUGCCAUGGACUUGAUCUUGAUCAAUUCCCUACCUCUUGUAUCUGAUGCUGAAACAUCUCUCACCUGCAUUGCCUCUGGGUGGCGCCCCCAUGAGCCUAUCACCAUAGGAAGGGACUUUGAAGCCUUAAUGAACCAGCACCAGGAUCCGCUGGAAGUUACUCAAGAUGUGACCAGAGAAUGGGCUAAAAAAGUUGUUUGGAAGAGAGAAAAGGCUAGUAAGAUCAAUGGUGCUUAUUUCUGUGAAGGACGAGUUCGAGGAGAGGCAAUCAGGAUACGAACCAUGAAGAUGCGUCAACAAGCUUCCUUCCUGCCAGCUACUUUAACUAUGACUGUGGACAAGGGAGAUAACGUGAACAUAUCUUUCAAAAAGGUAUUGAUUAAAGAAGAAGAUGCAGUGAUUUACAAAAAUGGUUCCUUCAUCCAUUCAGUGCCCCGGCAUGAAGUACCUGAUAUUCUAGAAGUACACCUGCCUCAUGCUCAGCCCCAGGAUGCUGGAGUGUACUCGGCCAGGUAUAUAGGAGGAAACCUCUUCACCUCGGCCUUCACCAGGCUGAUAGUCCGGAGAUGUGAAGCCCAGAAGUGGGGACCUGAAUGCAACCAUCUCUGUACUGCUUGUAUGAACAAUGGUGUCUGCCAUGAAGAUACUGGAGAAUGCAUUUGCCCUCCUGGGUUUAUGGGAAGGACAUGUGAGAAGGCUUGUGAACUGCACACAUUUGGCAGAACUUGUAAAGAAAGGUGCAGUGGACAAGAGGGAUGCAAGGCUUAUGUGUUCUGUCUCCCUGACCCCUAUGGGUGUUCCUGUGCCACAGGCUGGAAGGGUCUGCAGUGCAAUGAAGCAUGCCACCCUGGUUUUUACGGGCCAGAUUGUAAGCUUAGGUGCAGCUGCAACAAUGGGGAGAUGUGUGAUCGCUUCCAAGGAUGUCUCUGCUCUCCAGGAUGGCAGGGGCUCCAGUGUGAGAGAGAAGGCAUACCAAGGAUGACCCCAAAGAUAGUGGAUUUGCCAGAUCAUAUAGAAGUAAACAGUGGUAAAUUUAAUCCCAUUUGCAAAGCUUCUGGCUGGCCGCUACCUACUAAUGAAGAAAUGACCCUGGUGAAGCCGGAUGGGACAGUGCUCCAUCCAAAAGACUUUAACCAUACGGAUCAUUUCUCAGUAGCCAUAUUCACCAUCCACCGGAUCCUCCCCCCUGACUCAGGAGUUUGGGUCUGCAGUGUGAACACAGUGGCUGGGAUGGUGGAAAAGCCCUUCAACAUUUCUGUUAAAGUUCUUCCAAAGCCCCUGAAUGCCCCAAACGUGAUUGACACUGGACAUAACUUUGCUGUCAUCAACAUCAGCUCUGAGCCUUACUUUGGGGAUGGACCAAUCAAAUCCAAGAAGCUUCUAUACAAACCCGUUAAUCACUAUGAGGCUUGGCAACAUAUUCAAGUGACAAAUGAGAUUGUUACACUCAACUAUUUGGAACCUCGGACAGAAUAUGAACUCUGUGUGCAACUGGUCCGUCGUGGAGAGGGUGGGGAAGGGCAUCCUGGACCUGUGAGACGCUUCACAACAGCUUCUAUCGGACUCCCUCCUCCAAGAGGUCUAAAUCUCCUGCCUAAAAGUCAGACCACUCUAAAUUUGACCUGGCAACCAAUAUUUCCAAGCUCGGAAGAUGACUUUUAUGUUGAAGUGGAGAGAAGGUCUGUGCAAAAAAGUGAUCAGCAGAAUAUUAAAGUUCCAGGCAACUUGACUUCGGUGCUACUUAACAACUUACAUCCCAGGGAGCAGUACGUGGUCCGAGCUAGAGUCAACACCAAGGCCCAGGGGGAAUGGAGUGAAGAUCUCACUGCUUGGACCCUUAGUGACAUUCUUCCUCCUCAACCAGAAAACAUCAAGAUUUCCAACAUCACACACUCCUCGGCUGUGAUUUCUUGGACAAUAUUGGAUGGCUAUUCUAUUUCUUCUAUUACUAUCCGUUACAAGGUUCAAGGCAAGAAUGAAGACCAGCACAUUGAUGUGAAGAUAAAGAAUGCCACCAUCACUCAGUAUCAGCUCAAGGGCCUAGAGCCUGAAACAGCAUACCAGGUGGACAUUUUUGCAGAGAACAACAUAGGGUCAAGCAACCCAGCCUUUUCUCAUGAACUGGUGACCCUCCCAGAAUCUCAAGCACCAGCGGACCUCGGAGGGGGGAAGAUGCUGCUUAUAGCCAUCCUUGGCUCUGCUGGAAUGACCUGCCUGACUGUGCUGUUGGCCUUUCUGAUCAUAUUGCAAUUGAAGAGGGCAAAUGUGCAAAGGAGAAUGGCCCAAGCCUUCCAAAACAGGGAAGAACCAGCUGUGCAGUUCAACUCAGGAACUCUGGCCCUAAACAGGAAGGUCAAAAACAACCCAGAUCCUACAAUUUAUCCAGUGCUUGACUGGAAUGACAUCAAAUUUCAAGAUGUGAUUGGGGAGGGCAAUUUUGGCCAAGUUCUUAAGGCGCGCAUCAAGAAGGAUGGGUUACGGAUGGAUGCUGCCAUCAAAAGAAUGAAAGAAUAUGCCUCCAAAGAUGAUCACAGGGACUUUGCAGGAGAACUGGAAGUUCUUUGUAAACUUGGACACCAUCCAAACAUCAUCAAUCUCUUAGGAGCAUGUGAACAUCGAGGCUACUUGUACCUGGCCAUUGAGUACGCGCCCCAUGGAAACCUUCUGGACUUCCUGCGCAAGAGCCGUGUGCUGGAGACGGACCCAGCAUUUGCCAUUGCCAAUAGCACUGCGUCCACACUGUCCUCCCAGCAGCUCCUCCACUUCGCUGCCGACGUGGCCCGGGGCAUGGACUACUUGAGCCAAAAACAGUUUAUCCACAGGGAUCUGGCUGCCAGAAACAUUUUAGUUGGUGAAAACUAUGUGGCAAAAAUAGCAGAUUUUGGAUUGUCCCGAGGUCAAGAGGUGUAUGUGAAAAAGACAAUGGGAAGGCUCCCAGUGCGCUGGAUGGCCAUCGAGUCACUGAAUUACAGUGUGUACACAACCAACAGUGAUGUAUGGUCCUAUGGUGUGUUACUAUGGGAGAUUGUUAGCUUAGGAGGCACACCCUACUGCGGGAUGACUUGUGCAGAACUCUACGAGAAGCUGCCCCAGGGCUACAGACUGGAGAAGCCCCUGAACUGUGAUGAUGAGGUGUAUGAUCUAAUGAGACAAUGCUGGCGGGAGAAGCCUUAUGAGAGGCCAUCAUUUGCCCAGAUAUUGGUGUCCUUAAACAGAAUGUUAGAGGAGCGAAAGACCUACGUGAAUACCACGCUUUAUGAGAAGUUUACUUAUGCAGGAAUUGACUGUUCUGCUGAAGAAGCGGCCUAGGACAGAACAUCUGUGUACCCUCUGUUUCCCUUUCACUGGCAUGGGAGACCCUUGACACCUGCUGAGAAAACAUGCCUCUGCCAAGAGAUGUGAUAUAGAAGUGUACAUAUGUGCUGUACACCUGGGACCUUCACCACUGUAGAUCCCAUGCAUGGAUCUAUGUAGUAUGCUCUGACUCUAAUAGGACUGUAUAUACUGUUUUAAGAAUGGGCUGAAAUCAGAAUGCCUGUUUGUGGUUUCAUAUGCAAUAAUAUAUUUUUUUAAAAAUGUGGACUUCAUAGGAAGGCGUGAGUACAAUUAGUAUAAUGCAUAACUCGUUGUCCUAGAUAUUUUGAUAUUUACCUAUAUGUUGAAUGCUAUUAAGUGUUUUCCUGUGUCAAAGUAAAAUAUUGUUAAUAAACCUAACAAUGACCCUGAUAGUACAGGUUAAGUGAGAGAACUAUAUGAAUUCUAACAAGUCAUAGGUUAAUAUUUAAGAGACUGAAAAAUCUAAGUGAUAUAAAUCAGAUUCUUCUCUCUCAAUUUUAUCCCUCACCUGUAGCAGCCAGCCCCAUUUCAUUUAGUCAUGUGACCACUCUGUCUUCUGUUUCCACAGCCUGCAAGUCAGUCCAGGAUGCUAACAUCUAAAAAUAGACUUAAAUUUCAUUACUUACAAGCCUCAGAAUCUUUAGAGAAGUAUACAUAAGUUUAGGAUAAAAUAAUGGGAUUUUCUUUUCUUUUCUCUGGUAAUAUUGACUUGUAUAUUUUAAGAAAUAACAGAAAGCCUGGGUGACAUUCGGGAGACAUGUGACAUUUAUAUAUUGAAUUAAUAUCCCUACAUGUAUUGCACAUUGUAAAAAGUUUUAGUUUUGAUGAGUUGUGAGUUUACCUUGUAUACUGUAGGCACACUUUGCACUGAUAUAUCAUGAGUGAAUAAAUGUCUUGCCUACUCACGUCUCA